AUGAGCCCCCAAAUACCCGACAAGGUCGAGCACCUCCAGGACUUCACCGCGCACGAAUGGUGCAAUGCGCUUCUCUCUGACCCCUCGGUCACGCAUAUCUCCAAGCGGCAAAUCCCGGAGGUGCGCCAAGGGGUAUCGAAUACCUUCUUCACGCGGACGCUCUUCACCGACGACGCCAUGCGCGCUUUCCUGUCGCUCUACAAGCCCGGCAAAGGCCACAGAAGAGCGCCCGGCGCCGAUGUCUUUACAGGAAGCCCGCAUGCGCCGAUCCACCAGCCGCCUGUGCCCAGCAAUGCGGAAGCCGAAGCAUUGCGCCAGAGCGCAAAGACGGAGAGGACGUUCCAGGUAGAUGACCCAGACGCACCUGAAGCGAUUGUACUCGUAUCGCUGGGCACCGACGUCGAUGGCGGUACAAAUCGCUUGCAUGGCGGUGUCACGGCGACGCUAUUGGACCAGGUCAUGGGCACACUCAUAUCAUAUGUGUAUCAGUACACAUGUGCGACGUCAGACUUGCACGUCAAGUACAAGCAAGCGGUGACUACACCGGCGAAGCUUGUAAAGGAAAAAGGACGCUGGAUCGAAACGAGGGCUUGGGUAGAGGACGGUAAGGGCACCGUGUUCGCGGAAGGCGUGGGGGCUUUCGUGAUGGCCAAGGUCAGCGGUUCAGAGGCGAAGAUGUGA